GAAACAGAGGGGCUGGGCAAGCCGACUACAGCGAGCGUCCGUGGGAUAUAUGCUGCUCACCCUUCCGCAACACCUAUUAUUUCUCCCCCGCAACAAUUCGGUCUUAAAGAUACGUCAAAGUGAGACUCUAUGACAGCACUGCUCAGUCUCUAUGGUUUAUAGAGCCACAGAUACAACUUUACCCUCUUGGAUACACGAGAACGUAAGAGAUAGAAACAUUUGGUAGAAAUUUAUUCAUCCAUCGGUGGAUAUUCGGUUGUUAAGGAUGAUUUUUGCAAAUUCUGCCCACACGGUGAGGAUGUCACAUAAUCGUAAACAGCCCCCGGUUGGCCCCGCCUCCCACCCGAUGGCUCCGCCCAGUCCUGGAACCAACAGCAGCACCAAUCACAGCAGCUGCAGCAGCAGCACAGCCGGCUGGGAGCAGCUCAGUAAAACUAACCUCUACAUUCGUGGUUUACUGCCAACUACCACCGACCAUGACCUGGUCAAGCUCUGCCAGCCAUAUGGAAAAAUCGUAUCAACCAAGGCCAUCUUAGACAAAACCACAAACAAAUGCAAAGGCUAUGGCUUUGUAGACUUUGACAGCCCUGCUGCUGCUCAGAAAGCCGUCAGCGCUCUGAAGACCAGCGGAGUUCAGGCUCAGAUGGCAAAGCAACAAGAGCAGGACCCCACUAACCUGUACAUAUCUAACCUGCCGCUGAACAUGGAUGAACAGGAGUUAGAGGCCAUGCUGAAGCCCUUCGGACAGGUCGUCUCCACACGCGUCCUGCGGGACACCAACGGCGGCAGCCGAGGGGUCGGAUUUGCAAGGAUGGAGUCGACGGAGAAAUGUGAAACUGUCAUCUCUCACUUCAAUGGGAAAUUUCUCAAAACACCAGCUGGAGUUAUGGCGCCGUCAGAACCCUUGCUGUGCAAGUUUGCAGACGGAGGCCAGAAGAAGCGUCAGAGUCUAAAUAAAUAUGCGCAGAACGGACGAGCCUGGGCCAGAGAUGGGGAGACCAGACUUGCUGGCAUGACACUCACAUACGACCCAACCACAGCUGCUAUGCAAAAUGGAUUCUAUCCGACUGCCUACAGUAUUACAAACAGAAUGAUCACACAGACCCCCAUUUCUCCAUACAUCUCACCUAUGUCCACAUACCAGGUACAGAAUCCAUCCUGGGUCACCCAUCAGCCCUACAUCAUGCAGCAUCCGGGAGCAGUGAUAUCGCCCUCUAUAGAUCACUCCAUGUCUCUGCAGCCCGCGUCCAUGUUGGGUCCUCUCACUCAGCAGAUGAGUCACCUCUCUCUGGGCAGCGCAGGAACGUUUAUGCCAGCGAGUCCAGCUCUCCAGGGGCCCUAUAUCCCUCCAUACACUCACAUGCAGACCACCACCGUCUCAGUAGAGGAGAACAGUCCACAACCUCAGGUGGAAUCGUCCAGUGAUCAUUCACCUUAUACCUAUCAGCAGGCCAAGUGAUGAAGAGGGUUGUCGGGGUUUGAGAGAGAAGGAGAUGACUGCUAAAUCAAUAACAGCUUCCUCUGAAGGACCCGCUCUACCGAUGAAUCAAGAUUUUGCACAGGUUCUACGAUGAGUUCCUCCGUUUUUAUAAUAAAACUACUUCAACUAUUUUGGUAUAAGUUCCAUUAGGUGCAAAUCAAGGAUUCAUUUCAUCAGAGGAUGCUAACAAAGAAAAAACAAAAUGGGAAGACAAAGAAAAGUUUUAUUUUACUAAGGAAACGACGCUUAUUUUUUACCAAGGAUCGUCACAUAGAUGCAGGAUCUUCAUCAUGCGACUCGACGUGCAUGGAGAUUAUUCUUAUUUUUAUGAUUUCAGAUUUGUUUUCUCUCUUUCUCUCUCUUCUUUUGUACUGAAACAGACGUUCGUUUUUAGAGAUUUAUCAGCCGGACAUCCUGAGAAAGAUGCGUUUGUGCUUGCGGUGUGAGUGUCGUUGAUGUGUUUUUGUCGUGUGCUUCGUCUUCGGUCUGACCGAUCUGUCCAUCUUAUACGAUUUGCCUUAAACUCUUUCCCGUACAGUAGUCGAAGAAAAGACGUCCGGCUGCUGCCUUGUAAAUCAGCUGAAUAGGGCUUUUUUAGCAUUUCGCAAAGGAACAUCGCGCUUGGAUUUCGGUGUUUAGCUUUUUCCGAUCUUUUAGAGUACAAACCGUUUCGAGUGAUAACAUUGAUGGAGUUUUAAUAGGAUUUAAUGUUUUUAGAAUCAGAGGUGACGAUGAGCCUUUGGUUGUUUGAAUGUGGUAGAAAUUCUGCUGAACGAUCACAUUUUUGAUAACUGCCUUUUCGUUUAUAAAUCUUGGUGUUGUAGUUUAGCUUUAGAUGAACUCCUGUGGGAGGGGGAGGAGCUUUGUCUUGUAUUCUAAUGAGGGGGCGGGAGGGAGGCGUGGCCUGUCAGAUCGAAUAUCGUUCAGAGUAAAACCUUACUUCACCAAAGACAGUCAGCAAGCGGAUAGUGCGGAUGUCAUAUUCUCUUGAGGUGGGCCACGCUGAGACUUUAUAACAGACAAGGUUGCAGUUGUGGAGAAUGUGCCUUCUUUGUACAUAUGCAUUCAGCUGUCUUUAGUUGGUGAGGUGCGGACACCGAUUUGAAGGACGAUUUGGAUCCAGCAAGUGCCACAAACUAAACGAAAACAUCACUACAGAGCGGAGACAACUGAAACUAAAACAGGGAAUGAGGACAGGUUGAAACGACGGCUCCGUUCCAAAACCCUCGUGAGCUGCCUACAUAGUUCAGUAAUUCUAUAUGAUCCACAUGCAUCAUGCAAAUAGAUUUCAAUGGAGCUUUCCAUUGGAAUAUUAGCAGUAAAAUUACAGUACAAAGCACAGAAAAAUAUUAGUUGCUUUUCAUUAGAAUUGAACUAUUUUUAGCUGCUUUUCUGUUUUGAAUAAAUUAUCUUUAUAUUCAACAGUUUUUUUUUACCCAAAAUGCAUCAUGAAUUUGCCUUCUAAGUGAAGGAUAUGUGUGAUACUUUCUUAGAAUGUGACAAAAGUAGGUAUCAUACUGCCUAAGUACCGUAUUUUGCGAAAAAUAUGUCGCUAUAAGUCACACCGGGUCAAAAUUGCAUUGUUGAGAGAAAACAAACACAGAGAAGUUGCAGUUUUAUUAUUACAUUCAGAAAUAAUGUAAAAUACAGGUGCAUUAUAUAAUUGCAUUAUAUAAGUUGUUUUGGUAUAUGUAAGUCACACCGGGGCAAAAUUGAGAAAAAAGACACAUAAGUUGCAAUUUGAUUACAUUCAGAAAGAGUGUAAACUACAGAUAAAAUUAACAUUUACAAACAUAAACACUAUAAGCAUGUGUUUUAGUUCCCCUCGCUCCACAAUAAAUCUUUUAAAUGUAAUGUUAUUUAGAACAGGAAUGAAAAUAUAAGUAUAAAGCAAGCAAAUUAUAGCUGCAUUCAUUAUAAACAUCAGACAUGUAACUCCAACCAACCAUGUUUGCAUGCUUGAUGUUAAUAAUUGCAUCAUAUAAAUUGUUUAUAUAUAUAUAUAUAUUGCAACAUGUUUCAGGUAAUAAAAAAAUGUGAUUUUCCAGAAAAUACAGUUGGCAGCUCACAAGGUUUUAGGACACAGCCUUUGAAAUAAUAAUCGCAUCCAUUACAGGAAAAUGUUUUUAUUCUCUUUUAAACUCACAAUAUAGUUUAUUAAGGCUUUAUUCAUUAAUUUGUCUUCCAAAAGACUGUGUUUUUGACCUGGUGGGUCUUGUUGACCGGUUAUCUACCUCAGAGUUUUGUUGUCUUCUGUUUUGAUUGGUCGGGCAGCAGGUUCAGCCCGCCCCUCCAGACCAAACGGCCAGCUCUGGAGCUGCCCACUUACACUUGAUUUCUUUCAGGUUUUUUUGUUUUUAAAUACUUUAAUCCUCUUCUUCUUCUUCAAACAGAAAAGUUUUCUUUUAUUAUUUCUAUCGUUAUAAGGAAAGUUGUGCGUUGAAUGUGUCGUUUUAGUGUUGUUUAGCAUUCAGAUUCAUCGUUUCGAAAGCAAAAAAAACUGCUGCUUUUCAUCACAAGAUAUUCCAGUAGUCCAUAGGAAGUAGACAAGAAAGUGCGCGCGUGAGAGACCGAGCCAAUGAGAAACAGCGAUGCUGAAAGUUGCGGUUUUCCCGAGACAUCACUGUUGUAUGGAAGCUCGUUUCUGCCACAGAAUA